AUGAUGCCAGUAGGAUCCUCCAGGUCAACAUCCUUGGGAAAUACAAAUGCAUCCGAAUUCCAAAGAACAAUCCAAAGAAUGUAUCAACUUGUAGAGAAUGCCGAGGCUUCACAUGGUAUGAGCUCAGGUGCAAAUGAGAGCGUGAAAGCUUCUGAUUCUGACGACGGUGCUGACAAUCUACUUGAAGUGAGACAUGAUGUCACUCCCACAGGCGAACCUACCGGUGAGGCUCAGAGACAGGAUAUGCAUGGUUCCAACGCAAACCCUUCUGACAACACAACAGGCCUGGCGGAUGCCAUUGGAAAGCUCGCUGCCUUGAUGGAUGAGCUUCGCGUGACAGAAGAUCAUGACAAGACCAUCAAACGAGCUGCCGCUGAAGUGGUUGAUGGGAAACCUUCUUUCGCUGAAGGCAUCACCCUCCACACCCAUGACCGACCCUUCACCGUGCGCGUCCUAAUGCAACACAUCCAAACCGCCAUCUCAAAUCUUCAUCCCGACAAAGACACCAAAGGUAUUGAACUCACCAAAGUUUCUUUCGUUUGGGACAACAAUGCGGACAUCGGAUGGAGACAAUACCACAUCCAGGGUCGUGGUGAGGCUGAUGAAGCUAGCCAGGAGGAUGCUCUUGUCAGCGAUAGUCUGGAAGCGAUGAUGGCUAGGGGUGGCCAAGCUUACAUCUAUGUCAAGUAUCGUCUUGAUAAGGUUGAGCAUGCGGAGUGGUGCGGACCUCGGAUGGAGCGAGUUUGGCCCAUGGUGAAUUUAGUCAAAAUGUGUACAAAUGGUGAGAAACCUCUUUGUAAAGAAAAUGCAAGUAGUACCACAGCAAGAAUCUACACUUGUAUGCACGCACCACUUUCCGAUUGGAUACCAUACCUACACAAUGCGAUCGUGUAG